AUAGGAGAGGAAUGUGGCGUUAAGGCUCAAGAUCGUACAGACUGUGGAUGGUUCGGUAUCAAUAAAGCCGAAUGUAACAAGAGAGGCUGUUGUUGGGAUGAUAAGACCAAAAAAGCUCAGUUUUGCUUUUACCCGAAGAGUAAGUAUGCCCUUGUUAAUCAGGAUUUGACGCGGCCAUUAGGACAGCAAACGCUUGGAGAAACCUUGUAAUAAGUGAAUCUUUUCUGCUAUCGAUAGCUCAUUACUCUUAAGGUAUACCCAAAUAGGUUGGUCGCACUGUCCGUACAAGUCCACAAAUUUGAUCCAAAGGUAAUAAACUAGUCGACAGACUUUUCCUAAGAAAAAUCAAGAUUCACAUUUCUUGCGAGCUCAAGCAAAUAUUACCACAGCAGGGUAUAAUUGAAGCUGAGGGCUUCUUUUUUAACUCAAGAACUAAUUCUAUGUGGAGUCAAAAAAAGUAUCUGAAAAAUUAUUGACCUUCUUUAGGUCACAAAUGCUACGGCAUUCUUCCCGACAAACGCAAGGAUUGUGGAUAUUUCGGAAUACAGCGAGAUGAGUGCGAAAAGGACCGUGGAUGCUGCUUUGACCACACAGUCGAGGGUGCGUCUUGGUGCUUCACAGGCCGUUAUAUGCCACCCCCACAGAUGUUUACCUCACAAACUCCUUCCCCCCUUUCCCGUGCAAGUUCCACCGAGGGAUCUGGAGCACCGCCCACAACUGAGGGAGAACCAAUUCAAGGUAACUCUCGCUAG